AACAUGCGUCAAGAGAGUGGAAAAGUGUCUGGACAACCCCUGCAGGAAUGGAGCAACAUGUGAAGAAGUUGUAAAUGGCUUCAAAUGCAACUGUCCGCCUGGAUUUUCAGGACAGUUCUGUGAAAAAGAAACAAAUGAGUGUGACUCAAUGCCUUGCUUGAAUGGUGCUGUCUGCAUGGAUAAUGUCAAUGGAUAUGAUUGUUUUUGCCCGGAAGGAUUUGAAGGUCUGAACUGUGAAAUCAACUUUGAUGACUGCUCUUACAGCUUCUGUAAAAACAAUUCGACAUGUUUAGACCUGGUUGCAGACUAUGCUUGUGUUUGUCCUCCAGGCUUCACGGACAAGAACUGUUCAAUGGACAUUGAUGAAUGUGCCUUCAAGCUCUGCAAAAAUGGAGCCAGUUGCCAUAAUUUGAUUGGCAAAUUUUACUGUAACUGCUUGCCAGCAUUUCCAAAAGAAUAUUUUCCUAAGGAAAAGAUUAAACAUCUCACUCACAGUUGA